AUGGCGGAGGCCGCCGCCUCCGCCUCCUGCGUGGCGGUGCGGCGGCUGCGCAGGGACCUGGAGAGCCUGCAGAGGUCCCGGAACCCACAGCUGGCGGUGAGGCCGUCGGAGGACAGGCUGCUGGAGUGGCACUUCGUGCUCCACGGGCUGCCGGCGGACACGCCCUACCACGAGGGCUGCUACCACGGAAAGAUCCUCUUUCCCCCAGAGUACCCACACGCGCCCCCGGGCAUCUUGAUGGUGACUCCGAGCGGGCGGAUGGAGAUUGGCAAGCGCCUCUGCCUCAGCAUGACGGACUUCCACCCAGAGAGCUGGAACCCCGCCUGGUCGGUUGAGACAAUCCUCGUAGGCCUGCUGUCUUUCUUCGUCUCCGACGCCGAGACGGGCUACGGGGCCAUCGUGGCGCCGGAGGCCCGCCGGCGGGAGCUUGCGACGGAGUCGUGGGCGGUGAACGCCCGCGACGCGGAGUUCGUGGCGCUCUUCCCAGACUUCGUGGAGCGGCCAGCGUCUCCACGGCGAGAGGCCGACGGCGGCGGCGACGCGGUGGCCAGGACACGGCUACCGCCGGCUGGAGACCAGCACUGCGCUGGCCCGGUCGGCGUGCAGCCCGCGGCCAGUGGCGGCCUCGGCAGAGAGGCGGCGGAGCGCGAGGCGGCGCUCGCGGUCGAGCGGGGGCGGGCUGAGCCGCUGCUGCAGGGCGCGGGCACGGCGGGGCCCGAGGCCGAUGACGACCGCCUCGAAGAGGGCGGCGAGGAUGGGCCGCGCGAGUGCUGGAUCUGCAGGGACACUUCGACCGGGGAGCCGCUCAUCCUGCCCUGCGCCUGCCGGGGCUCCAUGAGCGGGGUGCACGCGUCGUGCGUCGAGCAGUGGAUCCGCCGCCACCGCCAGAGCGCGGUGAGCGACGAGGCCCCGCGGUGCUCGGUCUGCCACCAGCAGUACUGCGGCGUGGAGAGGCGCCCAGGGCCCGCAGAGUUCGUGCGGCACAUGUGCUACGACGUGUGCCGGCAGGUUGUCCGGAUCGCGGCGCUCGUGGCGCUGCUGAUGCUGUACCUGCUGGCCGCCAGCAGCCACGAGCUGCUGCCCCCGGUGGUGCGGGCGGUGCUCGUCGCGCUCUUCGCGGUGGUCGCGGCGCACAAGAUGUUCGUUCUGACAGUCUCGCUGCCGCCCCACAGGCCUCCGCCGCGCCACGCGUGCAUCCGCAAGUUCUUCGUCGCAGACGACAGGAAGCUCGCGAUGCACAUAGCGGAGGCGUCCGCGAUGGUCAUCUGCCUGGCGUUCGCUUGCGCAGUGCGCACUCUGCCCUUCGUGUUCUUCCUCCCUGUCGGCGUCGCCUCGCUGAUGCCCAUCGGGAGGAUGUGCGCGCUGCACCCGUCCCUGGCCUGCGUGAAGCGCGCGGUGAGGCUGCUGGGGGCCGGCGGGUGA